ACGGUUAGCCUGGCCAGUGGCCAGUUUCUUGGCCGGUUUGAAUCUGAAAGCUCCCUCUAAUCUUCUGAAGAAGCGAGAAAACCCUUUUUCUUCCCAUUAAUUCGAUUGAUCAAACGUCAACAACAACAACAACAACCGGCUAGUACCCUUCCUUUGGCUUCAAGCUACGCACUUUCACAUCGAUCUGGAUAACCAAAACCUUUACCAAUAUCCCAUACUGUUUUUAGUGUUUCUCCCAGACGCUGGCUGCUGUCCGCUCAAGUUUCAUUAACUAAUGGCGAGCCAAAGGGACUUAUCGCUUCACACGCCGUUCGAGACUACUACUAGAAAGAAAAAGCUUAUAAGUGGGCAGCAAAACAUGAAGCAGCUUGAAAAAGAGGUCUCUAUGCUUCAAAAAAUGCUUAAUCGAGAAGAAAAGAUGCAUGAGAUUUUGGAGCAUGUCCAUAAUCAACAUAAAGGUUCUGCAAUCAGAAUCCCAAACUUCCUUCCUCCUAAGAUGAAAGAGCUCUUAGCAGAGUUAGCUAUAGUUGAGGGAGAGAUAAGUCGACUAGAAGCCGAGAUAAGCCAACUUCAAAAUAGUUUGAAACAUGAACAGCAAGUCACCAAGGAAUCGCAAUCCAAACAAUCCAAACAAUGGCAACAUGGAACUCUUCUUCAAUAUCCAUCAGUACUCACAACAAACCCAGCCCCCAUAAAUAAAGGUGGUAAUGAAAUGAUGGCAUAUGAGACAAAAGCAUUGCAUUUCAUAAGCAAAGCUAUAAAAGGCGACUAUAAUCUCAACGACUACGGUAGUACUGUAGCUGAUCGGAAAUUUGGAAACUCAAGAGGGUUUGAUGAUCAGAAAGAAAAUCAUGUCCGUGAGGCUGCUAUAUUUCAGGACAAGGUUCCAAGAAAAAGCGGGAUGCUGAAGCCAUCCUCACCCUUGCGAGAUCCACGACAUCCAUCACCCAAGCCAAAAGAACGAAAUACACCAAUUAUUUCAGACUUGCCUCCAAAAUCUCAAUUAGAAGAGGAAAACCAGCAAUGGCAACCCAACAAGCUAUCUGAGAGCAUCAUGAAAUGUUUGAACGUCAUAUAUACGAGACUGCUUAGAACAUCAAGAGCAAUGGAACUGGAGAAGUCAGGCCCCAUUUUCAGGUCUAUGAACAACCCCUCUUUGAGUUCAAGAAGCUUCAGGGCCGACACAGGGUUGAAGCCUUUGUUACAAAAGGAAUCAAGGCAACAAGACCCAUAUGGUAUCUUCAACGUGGAAGAGUCUAUUCCCAGGGACAUUGGUCCUUACAAGAACUUGGUUGUCUUCACCUCAACCUCUCUCGACCCCAAGUCCAUAUCAAGCUCCACUUCUACUCCUUUGCUAACAAAGUUGAGGGCUUUGUUGAACAGUCUCCAGACGGUGGACUUGAGAUUCUUGACUAACCAACAGAAAUUAGCAUUUUGGAUCAACGUGUACAAUGCUUGUAUCAUGCAUGGAUUUCUCCAGUAUGGGGUGCCUGCUACUCCGGAAAAAUUACUUGCAUUGAUGAACAAGGCAACCCUUAACAUAGGAGGUAAUAUAAUAAAUGCUCAAGCAAUAGAGCAUUUCAUUUUGAGAAAGCCAGCAUCUUCAAGCCGGAAAGAGAUUUAUCGCAAGGAUGAAAGGGAUGACAAGGAAGUCGCGGUUCGCAAACUUUAUGGAUUGGAGUCAAUGGAUCCAAAUGUCAUAUUUGCUCUGUCGUGUGGAACUCGUUCAUCUCCUGCUGUUAGAAUAUACACAUCUGAUGGUGUUGCAGUUGAGUUGGAAAAAUCAAAGCUAGACUAUUUGCAAGCUUCAAUAGUAGUGACUGGCACGAAAAGAAUUGCAUUCCCAGAGCUCCUGCUUCAAAACAUGCUUGACUUUGCCCUAGACACAGACUCAUUUGUGGAGUGGGCUUGCCAACAGCUACCAACUUCCGGGUCAUUAAGGAAAGCAAUGGUGGAUUGCUUCAGAGGCCACAACCUUGCCAGGGUAUCUAGCAUCGUUGAGAAGAUACCAUAUGACUUUGAAUUUCAGUAUUUGUUAGCAAUUUAAUUAAGCUCCUUACUUUUCAGAUGCUUUUUCGAUCAGUAAGCGACCGGCUAAGGUGGAUGUAAUUCUCUUCCCCAAAGAAGGAAUUAAGGAGGCUUGCCAAAUAAUAUUAUUAGUUCAUUCUCUGUAACAAAUUAACUAUAUACAAGGAAGAAUUCGACCAGGUCGCAUUAAUUUCUCUUUUUA